GCUGCUCGGGCAGAAGCGGCGAACGCGGCCGGUUCCCGAGGCGCUCGGGGCAGCCCCCAACAUGUCUAAGCAUCCCUCGUACGGCAAGAACGGGUUGGCCGACCCCAUCUUCCAGGGAAGCCGAGGCACGGCCACCCGGAGGAGCCGGUUGAAGCGAUCCGAUGGCAGCACAACUUCCACCAGUUUCAUCCUCCGGCAGGGAUCAGCAGAUUCAUACACAAGUAGACCAUCAGAUUCUGAUGUAUCUCUGGAAGAGGACAGGGAAGCCAUCCGCCAAGAGAGAGAACAGCAAGCAGCUAUUCAGCUUGAAAGAGCAAAGUCCAAGCCUGUAGCAUUUGCUGUAAAGACUAAUGUCAGCUACUGUGGAGCGCUAGAUGAGGAUGUUCCUGUACCAAGCACUGCCAUUUCUUUUGAUGCCAAGGAUUUCCUACACAUUAAAGAGAAAUAUAACAAUGACUGGUGGAUAGGAAGAUUGGUUAAAGAAGGUUGUGAAAUUGGCUUCAUCCCAAGCCCAUUAAGGUUGGAGAAUAUUCGGAUCCAGCAAGAACAGAAGAGAGGACGUUUUCACGGAGGGAAGUCAAGUGGGAAUUCAUCUUCAAGCCUUGGAGAAAUGGUGUCUGGUACAUUUCGAGCUACACCCACUACCACUGCAAAACAAAAACAAAAAGUGACAGAACAUGUGCCUCCUUAUGAUGUUGUCCCAUCCAUGAGACCUGUUGUGCUAGUUGGCCCUUCUUUAAAAGGCUAUGAAGUGACAGACAUGAUGCAGAAAGCCCUGUUCGACUUCCUGAAACACAGGUUCGAUGGAAGGAUAUCAAUAACUAGAGUGACAGCUGACAUUUCUCUUGCCAAGAGAUCUGUUUUAAAUAAUCCAAGCAAAAGGGCAAUAAUUGAACGGUCAAAUACCAGGUCCAGUUUAGCGGAAGUACAGAGUGAGAUUGAACGAAUUUUUGAACUGGCACGAUCCUUGCAAUUGGUUGUUCUAGAUGCAGAUACAAUUAACCAUCCUGCACAACUUAUUAAGACAUCAUUAGCUCCAAUUAUUGUCCAUGUUAAAGUCUCAUCUCCAAAGGUUUUACAGCGACUCAUCAAGUCAAGAGGAAAGUCACAGAGCAAACAUUUAAAUGUCCAGCUGGUUGCAGCCGAUAAGCUUGCACAGUGUCCGCCAGAAAUGUUUGAUGUUAUUCUGGAUGAAAACCAACUUGAAGAUGCUUGUGAACACUUGGCAGAAUACCUUGAGGCCUACUGGCGUGCUACACACACUACCAGUAGCACACCUAUGACACCUUUGCUUGGAAGAAACCUAGGCUCCACUGCAUUAUCCCCUUACCCUACUGCGAUCUCUGGAUUACAGAGCCAACGUCUGAGGCAUAACAACCAUUCUACCGAGAAUUCUCCAAUCGAACGACGAAGUCUAAUGACCUCGGAUGAAAACUACCACAACGAAAGGGCUCGGAAGAGCAGGAACCGCUUGUCUUCCAGUUCCCAACACAGCCGAGAUCACUACCCUCUGGUGGAAGAAGAGUACUCUGAUUCGUAUCAAGACUCAUACAAACCUCAAAGAAACCGGGGGUCUCCUGGAGGAUAUAGCCAUGAUUCCCGACAGAGGCUUUGAAUUGACGGACCUAGGGCAAAUGGUACUCAUUGGUUGGCCACCUGCUGUUGUAACAUAGCUAGGCCAAACAAAGCAUCUUGAUACUUACAGGCUGCUGUCAUUUCGUGCUCUAGAAGGGCAAAAGAGGAUAGAUCAAUGUUUCUCAACCUCAGCAAAUUUAAGAAUUUAAGGAAAGAAUUCCAGGAGGCAAAGUCCACUCAUCUUAAAGUUGUCGAGGUAGAGAAACACUUGAGAUAGAUAAUGCCCUUUCCAUUUAGAAAGAAAUGAGUUUGCUCAGACACUUAGAUGUGUUUUCUUUCCCAUGUAAUGUUUCAUUUCAAACUGUUAACUUUUCUCUCCAUUAGAUAUAAUUAGACACAUCAAUUUGUAACGUAGAAUACCUGUUGAAGCGCACAUAUGAUAAUUUCCUGUUACGGAAAUUCCAAAUGACCAGUUCCAGUUGGAACCAAUUUAUAAACCAAUUCCUGUUGGAAUUUGGGUGAAAUUGACUGGAAAGUCAACCUGAGCAUGUUGCAGUCAGUGGAAAAAAAAAAAGUUAAAUAAAAUGAAGAGAAAGUAAAUUACAAAAUCAUUAUAAGCAAAAAAAAAAUAUUUUAAAAAAAUCUCUAGUACUUAUUUACUGGAAGCUGAAUUUAUAUAUAGCUAUAGAUACAGUUAGAAUAAAUAAUAUUAAUGUAUUUAUUUCAGACUACCAAAUGUAAACACUCAACUGUGCCAAAAAUAAUGAGUGAAUGGAAAAGCUCGAAUCCUUUCCAUUUUAAACAUUUUAAACGUGGAUUUUUUUCCCCUUCCCGUGCUUAUAUAUUGCAGCAAACCUGUAUCGCAUUGAUAUUUUUUGCAUUUGCUAGAUCAUAUGAAACUAUUUCAGCAACUUGAAAUAAACUAGAGGUGAAGACAGGCAUGUUUUUUUAAAAAAAUGUGGUGGAAACUAAUGCACGUUCUGUAGCACAGAUGAAAUGGAGUUUCACUCACUGAACCUGGAAGGUGUGAACAGGGCUCUUGGUGUGUACAGAUUUAUGCAUGAAGGGUCUUUUGCAUGUUCCAAGUCUGUGAUGGCACAGAGUGUUUAAAAGAUCUAUCCAUAGUUUCUCCUAGGUAUGUGAGAACUAGAAAAGGGAUAGUUUUUCUCAUAUUCCUUGUACCUCAACAUUGAAGAUGGGAUUAGAGCUUUUGGCUUUGCCCCAACAAGGAAAGUCUGGUUCAGCUGUGGUAGAUGGUUUGCAGAAGGAUGAAAACAACCAUUACUCUUUUGGGGCUGGUAAAGCUAAGCCUUAAUGAAGAAUCUAUAUCAGGCACAAGGAUCCUAUCCAUCUAGUAUCCUGGUUUGUCCCAAAUAUAUAUAUAUAUAUAUAUAUAUAUACAGACUUUGCAGAGUUAAAAAGAGGUGUUUAUAUUUGGAUUUUAUCCUGUGCAUUAAACGUAUUAAAAGUUGAAGGUGUUUCACAGGAAAAGAUGUGACAUUGUUCACAUUGUGCUUUAUAGUCAAGAAAGAGAUUUCAUCCAGCCAAAGCACUAGAGAAGCACUAUUAUGAUAAGGCAUCCCCAAAGUCUUGGGUGCUUAUUUGGCUUGCGAAUUCUGAACCAUGAUGGCCUGUUCUCUUUAUCGUGUCAUAGAAUGAGGUGUACUGUAUUCCUAGUCUGAAAGUUAUAUCCACCAAACAUCCUUAAUCUUUUCCGUCAAAAGUAAUAUACCGUGAUAAUUAUGCUAUAUUGGCCUUUCACCCAGAUCCUGAUCUCAAAUGUGCUGCACUCCUGGACUUCCCCCUUUUCCUUCCUCCCUGGAGUGAAAAAGCAGCCCCGAGCACACGAAGCCCUUUGUAUGUAUAGGGGAUGUCUUCAUUGAAAAGGCUGGGUAGACUCUGGCAUGCCGGAACUUCAUAAAUGUAUCAUCAAGAUGUUUUGGGAGCUCCUAGGUCAGUAAGGGAAUGUCAGGUCUAGAAAUGUCAGAAAACAAAGCAUCACAUACACUCCACAUCUCAGAUUGUUCUCAGAGUGAGUGACGAGCAUGGUGUUUAUUUUCCACAAUGCUUUUAAUAAGCUAAUAAUUACAAAAUGAUAGUAAGGAGUACACAUACAGAGAGAGACCCUUCUGACCAAUAUAUUCAGUACAAGAGUCUAAGGCUCAUAUUUCUGCAUAAGAAUGGCCGUUUGAGGAACACGUGUUGAAAAAAGUAGACGAUAUUAGCAUUCAAGUAUUAGAAAGACAGCAGAACAUACGAGUAAGCAAAUGAUGAAAAGUAGAGUUUGAUACAAGGAAAAAGUGCACAAAUACCUAUAUUAAGAAGGGCUAUACCAAUAGUGUGAAAUGAACUAAGGUAACAUUAGUUUGUGAAAGAUAAAAUAACAUCUAAAUACAGCAAAUGAAAGAAUUGGAUAGGACAUUUCUGUACCUUUUCUCACUAAGCUACAUUUAAAAUGUGUUCAGAUAGUUAAAAGAAAUGAAGCAUGGCGUAGGGUGGUAUUUAUAUAUAUAUAUUUCCUCCAAAUAAGGAGUGCACACUACUCUCCAGAAAUACUUUAAAUAUAUACACAUCAUAAGGCACUCAGAUAACUGGAACAGAAUUAUUCAUAUUUGACCAUCAAAGCAUAGGGCGUGAGGUUUAUCACAUAUCAAAGGCCUUCAUUUUAGCACAGAGAAUGCCAAAUCCAUGUUAAUUGUCUUCGAGGCUCUGUGGAACUCUUCAAACAUUAGGAAAUUGAAAAAUGGCAUAGGCAUUUCCCAUUGCAUACUGCUGGAUACUUGCAAAGUAGACAUUUUUGUAUUUGACCAUCAAAUCUCAGGUCAUGAAUGUUACCUCAUAAUGGAGACCAGUACUCCAGCACAAACCUGCUUAGAGACAGUCAGUCAGCUGUGGAGUUGCAGUGCCCUUUAGUUGUUUGGAGUUAAGGGGGGGGGCAAAGACUCUCAGAUUUAGAACCAGCAAGGAAGAUAUAUCCAAGGUGGCCAAACAAAAAGUUCAUUUCCUAUCAUAGUAUAUACACGCUCUAUAAGAAUGAACACAAAAGCAGUGAGCUUGUCAUAGAAUUGCCUCUGUAAUUGGCUGCUGCUGGUUGUGUAAUCUAGGUGGAAUAUUUGAUGGCACUGUUUCUUGGUAGACAGGGUAUCUUUAGAGCGCUAGCACUUUAAUGUAUGCCCCAAACUUACGUAUUAUUGGAAAAAUUUCCUAUAAAGGUAGUCCUCGACUUACAACCACAAUAGAGCCCCAAAUUUCUGGUGCUAAACAAUGUUAAGUAAGUUUUGUCCCAUUUUAUGACCUUUUUGUCAUAGUUGUUAAGUGAAAUUGCUGCAGUUGGUAAGUGAUUCCUGAUUGUUAAUGACUUUGCUUCUUGGAAGCCAGCUGGGAAGGUUACAAACGGUGAUCACAUGGACUCAGGACAGUACAACUGUCAAAAAUAUAUGCCAGUUCCUGAGUGCCUACAUUUUGAUUAUUUGACCAUGGGAAUGCUGCAACCGUUGUAAAUGUGAAAACCUGUCAUAAGUCAUUUUUUUCACUUCCGUUGUAACUUCAAGCAAUCACUAAAACAAAUGGCUGUAAAUGGAGGACUACCUGUAGUACUGUAUUUGAAAUCACACAUUUGAAGAACAGAGUUUAUCAGAAAAACCUGACUUCUGAAAUGUAAUUAGAGUUGUAUAUUUUUAUUUAGGAAAAUUAUAUUUUAUGACCAUCUGAGGCUGUUACAUAAUCAUGUACUUGUCCUGUCUCAAACAUAGCAUUUUAUUGGAGGGGGAGAAUCUUGAGGAAGAGUUCUUUGAUUUGUAACUUUCAUGUUUUCCCACUUUGUAAUUUUUUAAGAUACUUUGUUAGGAUAGCCCUUAGCUGCAAAAAUUCAGAGAACCACUAGAUGGCAAGAAAGAAAUUAGCUGCUAUCUGAUGUUUCUCUGUAUUUUUUUUUUCCAGCCCCAAAAUUGUAACCACUAAGGAGGAAAAGUGUUUUCCCUAGCAACUUUAGAAGGUGUCCAUUUAGAAAUAGCCUGCACAACAACAAGAAGGCAAGCCUUAAAGAAGAGGCUCCAAAUAACAAUGGGAGGAACCUCCUUUACUUUAAUACAGAGAUGGGCAACUAUGGCAUCUUUACGACCUGUGGAGGUAGAAUUCCUGAGGCAGCAUGGAAUGGUGGGAGUUGAAGUCCACAGGACGUGAAGGGCCUAUAGUUUCCCAGUUCUGCUGUAAUAUAUGAAGCCUGGCUUUUAAUUGACAUAACACCUCUGUUCUUCUUUUAUUGCCCAUCCCACCCAUUUCCUGCCUUUUGGCUUCCUGCUGCUCUGCUACCCCAGCUUGUUAUUCGCCGCCGCUUUGUUCCCACUGCUGAUGAGGCAUGCCUAGUCUGGGGCUGGACCAGCCUGAAGCUGACUUUGUUCUGUGAAAAAGGAAAAAAAAAAGCCAAAAGCAGUCUGAAUUUUUCGUUUUUGCAAGGUGAAACCAGCCCCAUUGUGGCCCAGCAAACAGGCCAAGCAGCCCCAUCAGCAGUAAAAGCAAGAAGACAGUGAAGAGCUAUGGUGGCGCAGUGGUUAUAAUGUAGUACUGCAGGCUAACUCUGCUGACUGCCUGCAGUUUGAUCUUGACCGGCUCAAGGUUGACUCAGCCUUCCAUCCUUCAGAGGUCAGUAAAACGAGGAACUCAGAUUGUUGGGGACAAUACACCAACUCUGUAAACCACUUAGAGAGGGCUGUAAAAGCACUAUGAAGGGGUAUAUAACUCUAAGUGCUAUUGCUAUCACCUGGGGUGAUGGCGCGCAGGGCAGCAGUGGCCUUGGAGUGCAGGUAGUAAGGGUGAGUGGGAUUGAUCUGGGGUGGCUGUGUCUUUCUGGAACAUAGUAAGCAGCCCAGAGCCAGGCGGUCUGGGGGCUGCUUGCCCAUCUCACAAGGCAGUGGUGGAGUUGGAGGGAGUUCCUUCCUUACUGAGGCUUGAGACUGGGACAGACCGAGCCUGUCGUGUCCCACUCCUCCACUGACGGCCGGGUCAGGGAAAUCCGAAUCAGGCUUGCCUCUGCAGCUCUGCCCAAAGUCCUAGCAAAGUCCUCAGAGAAGGCAGGAGACCAGUAAGUGACUUCAGCAAGAUAAGUUCGACUUUUGCCUGACUCAGAGACUGCCAGAAAGUAGAUCCUUUAUAUAGGCCAUGGGGUGUGGCUCCAUGACUCAGCACUCAUUAAGGCCUGCCCCUCCCUUCCCUCUGUUGCCUCUGCCUAUCCAAUCUUCUGAUGCGAGGAUUACUCCAAUCAGCUGUUGGGAAUAAACCCUCCUCAGGCUCACAUGCUGUGGAGGAGGGGGAGGGGUCUAGCUGCUCCGUUUGCCUGGGCAUGGAGUCAGGGCUGGGGCCGGGAGAUGCUCCUUCUUCUGCAGUUUGUGUGGGCAUGGAGCCAGGACUUGGGCCGGGAGGCAUACAUUCCUCAGUGUUCGGGAGCAGGUAAGAAGGCCCCGGCUGCUCUGAGGGCGGGCAAGACACAACAGAGCCUGAAAUGGAGUGGAUUGGGCUGGGUGUUCAGCUAAUGACCAAUAAAAUUUGCUUAACAAUAGCAAUGGAGUUUCCUGGAAUUGCAGUCGCUAAGCGAUGCCGUCACCCAACAUCUUGCUUUACAGCCACAUUGCUUAGCAAUUGAAAUUGAGGUCCCAACUGUGGGCAUAAACUGAGGACUAUCUGUACCUACUGUUAAAUUCUGAAAAUAAAAUCUGUAUAUAUCUGAAGUGAUUUUGUUAAGGUAGCAAAGAUGAGUAACUGUGCAUUUAUAGCAAGGAGAAAUAAAUUGGUGCACCCUGGAGAGAAAGAUAUGUUUUUUGUUUUUUGUUUUAUUUACAUUUAUAUCCCGCCCUUCUCCGAAGACUCAGGGAGGCUUACAGUGUAUAAGGCAAUAGUCUCAUUCUAUUUGUAUAUUUUACAAAGUCAACUUAUUUGACAAUAGAUAUGUUUGACAAUGAUGUGGCUAUAGCUUGUUGGGAAGAAAUAUGGGUUCAGUAUGUUUGGACUACAGGGAAACUUAAUUUUGGGUCAUAAUAUGGACCCAAAUGAUGAGUAUCAUUUGUUCCCCCUACAGUGUUUAUUUAUUGCAAGACAUAGACAGAAUUGUUUCUGAGGUCUUGCUCCCAGACAUGCCAAAUCGCUUGGCCAAUUUUAGAUGCUGGGCAUCUUGAUAUGGCUGGCUAAGGAGCCCCAUUUAUUAAUCUGCUUCAGGAAGCAGCACCUCCGAACCCUUUCUAAGAGUCCUUGCAUGAAGAGCAUGAACUCUGACAUAUAAGAAAUAUUAUACUCAGUACUGCUGUCUGACACUUUGAAUUGAGAGGUAAAAAAGAGAUUUUGGCACACCUGGGGAUGCUCAGGUAGCACCUCCCUAUAGCUCAAAGCAGCAGUGGCAGCAGUUUUUUCUGAGUAACACAGCCACCUUCUGUCCCAUUAUCCCAAGAAAAAGCACAUUUUCAAGAGUUGCAAAUAGGCUACAUGCCUGCGGUGGUUCCCCGCACUUGGAAAGACAGCUUUACCUUCUAAUUGGAAGCCUUAUAGAGCUCUAGAAAGCCACUUUGGUGUAGUUGGUGACAGCACCUGGCUAGAAACUGGUAGUUGGUGAAUUCUAGUCCCAUCUAAGGCAUAGUGUCACUUGGAUGACCUUAGGCUAGUCACUCUAAUGAUGCAGUGGUGAACCACUUCCAAAAAAUUGUGUCAACAAAACUUGUCUAGGCAGUUGCCAGGAGUCAAAAGAUGACUCAAAGGCAUGCACGUAUGCGCAUGUUCAUGCACACAUCACUCAUACACGCACACACACACACACAGAGAGAGAGAGAGAGAGAGAGAGAGAGAGAAUUCCUUAAUAAGUCUAAACCAGGAAGUAUCACAGAAGUCCUCUGCAGAUUACAUCAGAUUCUUAACAAAGGAAAAACGCACUACAGGGUGAAUGUUUGUGUGGAUUGUGAAUUAGGCUGGAGUUCUUUUAUGUUUCCAGAAAAAACCCCACAACCAGUUGUACAAACGGUCAGAAACGGAGGCAGGCCAUCUUUUUAAAAAAAAUACAUGAAAUAAAUGUUAUUGCAAUGUGCACUACUUGCCAGUUAUCUCCCUGCUAAAGCAAUGCUUUUUUCCCCCAGAGGAAAAGGCCCAAGCACAUAAAAUGAACAAAAAAUAAACAGAGGAAGGCAAUUCUUUAGUUUCCAUGGAAACAGACUGGAAGGCAGUAUUCUAUUUUUCCUAUAUUACUGCCCUCUAUUGCUUUUUCUUCAAUUUCGUUAAUUCUUAAAGCUAAAUUAGUGAUCUUUUAGUUAUUCUUCAUUUGUAGUUUAGAAGUCUGAACUCAAAAAGCUAAAUGGAGUUGGACUUCGCUAGUACCGUAUCUGGAUAGGAGACCACUAGGAGAUAACAAGGCUGAGAACCAAGCUGAAUUUACUUAAACAUCCAGAAAAAGCAGUGGCAAACCACAUCUGUAUUUCUGCUUGUCUAUGAAAUUACCAGGAAUUGAGCUGCAUUCAAGUUAUCUUUAUGUACAUUACCCUUGAUGUAAUUGUAAAAUUGUUCAAUUCUGACCGUACUCUCAGUGAAGUCUCUUGUUAAAAGUGUGUUAUGGUAUUAAAGUAAGGAUUGCUGCUAUUGUUUAUGGAAGUAAUGGGAGUAAUGAUAAACAGCACUUCCACAUCAGAAAUUCUGCAUAGCACCCCAGCAUAAAUGCAAACUCCUUUAUUGCAAUUGAUAAUUACAUUUUUAAGACAGAGAAAACUUUUUCAACCAUGGUUUAGCCUUCUUUUAAUGUCAAAAUUAACUUCUGAAAAGUACAUUAUCAUCUCCUGCGGAUAGGAGAGUUAUGCAGGGCUUUGGAUUCAACCGGGAAGAGAUGUUUUGGACAUGUGGGAGCAUGAAUGCAGGCAGCAUCUCUGACUGAUUCAUUAACUCAACUGCAUUUUUUUCUCAAACUGGGUGACUGCUGUAGGGAAGAUACAAAUGCUUUAACAAAUUACCAGAGCUGCGUUCAUAUUUGUAUGCAUUACAUAAAUAAAAAGAAUUGUACAGCUCUAACAGAUACAUUUUCCAAGCUAUCUUAUUUAAGUAAGUUAACAAGCAACUUUUAUUUGGUUCUGUGUCUAGGUUUUUCUGCUUCCCGCCCUCUUCCCCCUUCUGAAUAAUUCCUUGACAAAAGACAAUUUGGCAUAGAAUUUAUCUGGAGAUUCAGUGCAAUCCAAAGAUGCUGGUUCAGUGAUUUUGUAAGGCUACAAAUAGAAUUAUUUCAAAAAUCAUCUUAAUUUGUAUUCAGAGUAGGUAAAUAUAUCUGAAAACUUAAAUGGGGAAAGAGUUGAGAACAUACAGUUUUGCAGACUGGCAGUUUUUGGUUAUCCCAAGAAGCAGAGUCCCAGUUAGUUAAUAGCGUAGCAAUAUCAACCGUUGCUGGAUCAGUUCACAAUUCCAACAAAGUUUCCAACUUUGUGCAGUGAUACUCCCAGGCAAAAUAGGAUAUAAAGAUAAUAUGCCUCCUUUAUAUUCUGUAAUCAAAACAUCAUUUUUUAGUAAUGUUAUGCCUGUGAGACACGGUAAUGGUGAUGAGGAUGACUGAUUAAAGGCCAUUCACAGAUCUGUAAAAAGCUUCCAAGCUAAUGGCUGCCAUGAGCACUCCUAAAUUUGUUUAAGAGGGCUUCGCAUUAUAAUUACAGCACUUCCCAUGGACAUCACUGCAGCGAAUAGUGAAUUUGGCUAAGUGAAUUGCUGUUGAGCUGCUUCUUGCUAGCAUGACAGUUGCCCUUUUUACUUAGUACAGGGGUGUCAAACUGGCAGGCCGUGGGCCCAGAUGCGUCAUGCACACUCCGCAAAAGAAAAAACAUCACGAAACGUCACAUGACGGCAAUGUGACACCGCGAGUUUGAUAUCCGUGACUUAGUAUUUUAUACUACAACCCAGUAGAGCCUUUCCUUCCACAUGGACCCCUUUAAAUACCUUUUGUGGCCACGGACCAUGGCCACAGACCCCCAAGACUUAAGAUUUAAAUCAUAACAUUUCUUCAAGUCUUGGCGGACCCCGCCCCCCGUGCUCCGCACCGUGGUCCACAGACCAUAGGUUGAGAUCCACUGCAGUAGAGCAUUUUAGAAUACAUUUUAUGUCUUGAUUACAUACUGCAUAUAUAUGGCCAUGAAAAAGGAGACAUUAGGGAGAAAUAAUUCUCACAAAUUUUAACAAAUUUGGGACCUUAUUAAAUUGCCACAAAUUCUUUGAAAUCAAUCAAUCUGGCUGGUUUUUUCCCCCCCUCUCCGGUAGCAUUAUGACCGGAUUAUUGAAUUGCAUGAGAUUUGCAUUUUACAGUGGAUAGUUUUGCAAUGGUGCUUGACUUAACUUGCCUUGAGAAAAAAUAUAUAAGGCAUUUAGUAUUUCAGAAGAAAAAUAAUUAAUUUUGUAAGUUUUUUUCUCCACCCAAACUGUUGACAAUCUAAUAAAAGGAAAGAAUUCACUAAAUGACAUUAUUAUCUUAUGGUACAAAAUUACUGUUGCAUACUCAUCUUUUUUCAAAAAAAUAAUCAGUACUAAUAUAGAACCUUCCAGAUGUGUUGGAUUCUCUUAGGACUCUUAAAUAGUAUUGCCAUCAAGUUGGGCAUUCUGGACUAACACAUCUGGACAGCACCAUGUUGGGUGAAGAUUUUUUGAUGGAGUCUCCUCUUGUUUCUUAUGUAACAAUAAGUUGUUUUGUGCCAACUUUAAAUUUACUUGCUGGUGCAUGCAACUCUGGCAAUGCCUAUGCAAGUAAUAAUCACGCACAAAAGUCAGUGUCGUGUUCUUUAUUUCUAUUCCUAGCAAGGAAAACAUGAAAAAUAGAAAGUUUAUCGUAGGGUCAACCUAGACCUGUGAUGCUGAACCUAUGGCACGCGUGCCAGAGGUGGCACACAGAGCCCUCUCUGCUGGCAUGUGCGCCGUCACCCCAGGUCAGAUCUCCAUGGAGGUUCUUUAGUGGGCUUCUGUUUCCCUACAGAUGAUGACAUAGAAGCUCACGAAAGAAAAAGAUCUUACCUCUUGCUGCAUUGCCAGUGCUGGGAUGCCCUGCCUCCCACUGGCCAGCUGGUCUUUGGAUUUCUGCUGUGCACGCACGCAUGUCUGUGCAUGCACACACACACAUGCAUGCACAUGUCUGUGCAUGUGCAUGUAUGUUCAUGCAUGCAAGCAUGCAUGUUUGUGCAUGCGCGCACACUUUUCAGUUUGGGUAUGCGCGCCCUCAGUUUGGGCACUCGGUGUCUAAAAGGUUCACCAUCACUGACCUAGACUAUAAUAUAGGUACUCCUUUACUUAGGAUCACAAUUGAGCCAAAAAUUAAUGCUGUUAAGUGAGACAUUUAUUAAAUGAGUUUUGCCUCCCUGUUACAACAUUUCUUGCCGCAGUUGGUAAAUGAAUCACUGCAGUUGUUAGUAACCCAGUUGUUAAGUGAAUCGGGCUUUCCAAUUGAUUUUGCUCGUCAGAAAGUCGCAAAAGGUGAUCGAUCACAUGACCCCAGAACACAGCAACCCGUCAUAAACAUGAGCCGGUUGCCAAGUGUCUGAAUUUUGAUCAUGUGACCAUGGUGAUGCUGCAAAGGUUGUAAUUGUGUGGAAAAUGGUCAUAAGUCACUUUAUUCAGUGCAGGUUGUAACUCUGGUCAUUAAAGGAACUGUUGUAAGUCGAGGACCAUCUGUAGGUGUAGGAGAUCCCACCCACAUCCUUGAUCAGACUUUUCAUUUAAGUCAAGAAGUUCUCAAUUUUGUCCUCAGUGUGAGCAGAGAACUAGUUUGAAAUCUGGCCAGGGGAGAGAGGUCCGAGCCCUCCAGAUGUUGCUGAACAACAAUUGUCCACAUUCCCAGUCAAUGGGAAAGACUGCUGGAAAUUGUACUCCAUAGAGGCGGAUAGGCCUUUCCUGAAUGACUUGGUGCUUUCCAACAAUCUUCCUGUAUGCAAAUGUUUUUCCCGUGCUUGACUAACCAGAGUCCACAAUAUAACAGGUAACAAAUUUUCAAUUAAGGUGUCGUGUCCCACUCCUCCGCUGACGGCCGGGUCAGGGAAAUCCGAAUCAGGCGUGCCUCUGCAGCUCUGCCAAAGUCCUAGCAAAGUUCUCAAGGCUAGCAGGAGACCAGAAAAUGACUUCAGCAAGAUAAGGUAGACUUUGCCUGACUCAGAGAAUGCCAGAAAGCAGAUCCUUUAUAUAGGCCAUGGGGUGUGGCUCCAUGACUCAGCACUUAUCCCGGCCUGCCCCUCCCUUCCUUCUGUUGACGCCGCUUAUCAAUUCUCCUGAAGCGAGGGUCACUCCAGUCUGUAGCUGUUGGUAAUUGACCUUCCUCAGGCUCACAUGCUGUGGGGGAGGGGGAGGGGUCUAGUUGCUCCGUUUGCCUGGGCAUGGAGCCAGGGCUGGGAGCUGGAGGCGCUUCUUCUUCCUCAGCCUGUCUGGGCAUGGAGCCAGGGCUGGGGCCGGGAGGCAUACUAGGACAUUCCUCAGCGGUCGGAAGCAGAUAAGAAGGCCCCGGCUGCGGGGAAAGCGGACGAGGCACAACAUAAGGAAAUGCCUUCUCUUCUCUUCUUUGACAAUUGGGGGAAGGGGAGGGGAUAGAAUAUUACUGUGCUUAUUCAACCUAUUUAAACUAUAAAAAUGUAUGUUCAAUUUUCAGCAGUAUUGUUGUUUGAUCACCGAUUUUCUGUGAAAUUAAUGAAGAAUUGAAUAAGACUGUGACUUCAAUUCUAUGUAAAACUGCCUAUUGACCCUAAGGGUGAUUUCCAUGCAGAUUUGCGUAAGAUUCAGUGUAGGAAUGAUUUUGCAGUUGUAAUGUAAAUCCUUAUUAAAACAGUGUUACCCUGC